CCAGCCCAUGACCCUGGCAAGAUGAGCUUCUCACUCAAGUUCUCAGAGCUAGUCAACAUCGCCAUCCCGCAGUGCGGGGUGGUGAACUUCAAGGCCCUGCACUUCCUGCUCCAUGGGAUCCUGGAGCACAUCCACAUGGCGGAGCUUGAGAAGGACCUCUCGGGGGAUGAGGACUUCCUCCAAGCCUCUGUGUCAGUCACGUUCCCGCCACGGGAAGGGGACGCCCAACCCACCCUCAGCCCCCUGAAGAGGCUCGGCAACAUCUUCGACCACCUGGUCAGCCGCGUGGACAUGCUGGAGAGCCAGCUGGCCGCCCUGAGGGACGUGCCGUCCACCGCCCAGCUGCUGGAGAGCAGCCAGGGCACCAGGCAGCCCGCCCAGGAGCUGUGGAACCUGAUCAGGCUCCGGAAGAAAGUGGAGGGCAACGAGGAGGCUGUGGCCAAGUCCAUAAGAACCCUGCAGGAUUUGCUCACGGACAUUUAUGCACUGAAGGUCUCCGUUGAAACCCUCAGGAAUGAGGUGGCCAUGCUGAAAGACGUGUUUGAGAAGAUCAGUCCGCAAAGAAUAGACGCCUUCUCAGAAGAUUUGAGAGGGCAGAACCGGAAGAUGAGUGUGCUGCAGCGGGAAGUGACUUCUCUCCAGAGCAAGGUGACCGCCAUCCCCAAACCUGAGGACCUGGUGCUCUGGAGCAGUCUCCACGAGGCCAUGUUCAUCCCGGGAGCUGCUCCACAACUGCUGGGAGACUCCGACCUGUGGCAGAUCUCGGAGCUUGCCUCAGAGACCACAGUUGCUCAAACAGCCUCGGACCACGGAGGAGGGGGUCUCAGCCACUUCUCAGAGGCCAUCCAGCACCCCAGGUUCCUGGAGACCAUCUGGCAGUACCAGGUGCCAGGGCAGAGGCUGGAGGAGGAGUCUGCCCAAGCAGCUCUGCUCCUUGGGGCUGAGGGGCCAGACCAGCCCCAAGUGCUAGAGCCUGGGCCUGGGCCUGGGCCUGGGUCUGCGCUGGGACCCAGGCCUGCGCCUGGACCUGGGCCUGGACCUGUGUUCGGACCCGGGCCUGCUCCUGGGCCUGGGCUUUCAUCUGAAGCUGGGCCUUCACCCGAACCUGGGCCUGAGUUCGGACCCGGGCCUGCUCCUGGGCCUGGGCCUGCGUUUGGACCCAGGCCUGCGCCUGGACCUGGGCCUGGACCUCUGGGCCUUCACCCGAACCUGGGCCUGAGUUCGGACCCGGGCCUGCUCCUGGGCCUGGGCCUGCGUUUGGACCCGGGCCUGCACCUGGACCUGGGCCUGGGCCUGCGUUUGGACCUGGGCCUGCACCUGGACAUGGGCCUUCAUCCGAACUUGGGCCUGCGUUCGGACCUGGGCCUGCCCCUGAACUGGAACCUGCCCCGGGCCUUCAACCCACACCAUCAGGAUCCUGGACUGUUCCGGGGCCUCAGGGCUCCACCCCCAGCCAUGGAGCUGGGCUCAGGUUGGCCUCGUUUGCAGCGGUCCAUGUACCGCCAGGGAGACAUGUCCAAGCUCUCAGCUCUCUCAGAAAAGGAAGAAUACUCCUCCAUGGAAAGGGGAGGCCCUCGGGACAGAGCCCUGAGAGCUGAGGUCCCCCCAGGAGGCCUCCCUAAGGGAUUCCGGUCUGCCGUUCAGCAGAUGAAACCCAGCGCUGCCCUCACGGCCGCGGCCGCUGCCUCCUACACCUCUGAUGUGGCCGCAUCGGCGGCCCGGGCAGCCAAGGCCGCUGCCAAGCUGAUCAAGGACGCCCCCGCCACCAAACUGGCCACUGUAGCAACAGCCGCAGCCUCAGCCGGGCCCUUAGGGGUCCUUGCAGAGUUUCUGGAUGCGGGGCCCUCGCAUGGGGCCUUCCCCGGGGACGAGAUGGAAGACUUGCUGGAGGUGAAGUAUGAGGACUUGCUCUCUCCUUCAUGCUCUUCUGUCUUCGUCCCUUCCAACACGGCCCUGUCCCAGGCCAUGCUGGCUGCCAAACAUGCCACGACCCCCGAAGACAAGAAGAAGGCUGUCAGGUAUUCCAUGAGCCACAUAGCCCAGAUGCCCGUUAGACACGACACCCUGAAAGAAGAGUUUGCCCAGCUGUCAUCUAACCUGCAGCAGCGUAUGACUUAUCUAGCUAACAUGGGAGCCUCUUCCAAGCUUGGGUCAACAGUGGACAUCUUGCAAGAAAAGAUUGGCAACCUCCAGAAAUCCAGGAUGAAGGAGGAGGAACUUGAGAGAGUUUGGGGCCACCAGAUCGAGAUGAUAAAGGACCAUCACGUCGUGCUGGACAGGGCAGUGAACAGGCUCCAGAUUCGCCUGGAUGAGUUAAAGGUUGUCUAUGCUCAACUAAGAAACCUAGAAAUGUACAAGGCAGACAGAAAUGAGAUGGAGCAGGAGUUGAAAGAGAAGGCCGACAAGAGCUCCCUGGCAGGCAAGGCAAGCCGGGCUGACCUGGACACAGUGGCCAUGCAGCUGAAUGAAUUGAUUCAGGGCAUGCUCUUCAGGGUGGUUGCCAAUGAGGAUGACUGGAAGAAGGCUGUGGAGCAGUUGGACAAAGACGUACGUACCAAGCUGGUUCCCAGCGAUUUGGAUGAUCUGAAGAAAGACAUGGACGAGGUCUGGAAAGUUGUCAGGAAGCUGCUGACUGAGGGCCUCCACUUUGACCCCGACAAUGCUGCCGGCUUUAGGAGGAAACUGUUUGAGCGGGUAAAAUGCAUCUCCUGCGACCGGCCCGUGGAGAUGAUGACCAGCCCGCAACUCAUCACCAUUCGCAACACCCACCUGCUGCCAGGGCUGCGGCCGGCCAGUGCCAACAGCUACGAGUACCUGCAGCGCCAGCAGAUGAGGGAACAACAGCAGCUGCAGAAACUCCAGAACCUCGGAGCCCCUGAGGGGAGCCUGGACUCACUGGCUCCCCCGCAAGACUGGGGUGAUGGCCCCAGAAAUGACGCCAACCUCGAGUUCAAGCCAUAUGGCUUGUCGACACUCUACCCCUACGGGGACCCUGAGCUGUUGGACUAUGACUCUGCCGAGGUGGACCUCCUGGGAGUGGACGGGAUCCUCUACAAGGGCCGAAUGACCGGCAAGGACAGGGCGCGACCGCUGACCGGCGCAGAGAAGGAGGUGGCAGCUGUGAAGGUCCCACAUCCCCCGGCCCGAAGCCCGUAUGAGGGUGCGCGCCCGAGCACCCUAUUUGGUGCCAUCUACUCUGCCCUGCCCCCCCGCGCCAGCAUGGGCUCAGCCGCCUCGGGCCCUCCACCGACGAUGCCCGCUCGGCCUCCGUCUCCCCCGCCCGUGCUGCUGCUGCCACCGCUGACACCGUCUCUGCAGGACCCCCAGCCAGCCCCAGGGUCUGCCAGGCACCCACGGUUCCUGCGCCUGGAGUCCCGAGCCAGCCUGCAGUCCGCCAAGGAGCCCAGCAACCCGACUGCGUCCAAAUGAAGCCGAACAUUUCCUGAGCCCCGUGACCUAUGCUGCCUUGGGGGAUACCGGCCAGUGCAGCCCUGGCCCCACCCCCAUAGCAGAGAUGAGUAUUUUUAUCAGCUUCUCCCCAGAAUAAAACCUUUUACUUUUCGGACUGUG